AUGUCAGAUCACGUGAUUGAACUAGACCUCAGUUGCAACAAUUUGAAUGGUGAUUUACAUCCCAAUAGCACUAUCUUUCAGCUUAGACACCUUCAACAACUCAACUUGUCUUUAAAUUUUUUUUUUGGGUCUUCAUUGCAUGUUGGUAUUGGUGAUUUAGUGAAUCUCACAUAUCUAAAUCUAUCAAAUUGUUACCUCAGUGGUAAUAUUCCCUCCACAAUCUCUCAUUUGUCAAAAUUAGUAUCACUUGAUCUUAGCAAUUACCGGCACUUGGAACAACAACUCAAACUUGAUACAUUGACAUGGAAGAAACUCAUUCAUAAUGCUACUAAUUUAAGGGAGCUUCAUUUGAAUAGAGUGGAUAUGUAUUCCAUUAGAGAGAGCUCUUUGUCUAUGCUAAAGAAUGUGUCAUCCUCUUUGGUUUCUCUUAGGCUAGGAGAAAUUGGGUUGCAAGGAAAUUUGUCAAGUGCCAUCCUCUCUUUACCUAAUCUUCAAAGACUAGAUUUGUCAAAUAAUGAACUUAGCGGUAAACUUCCAAAAUCAAACUGGAGCACUCCUCUAAGGUACUUGGACCUAUCUGGCAUCACUUUCUCAGGUGAAAUUCCCAAAUCUAUAGGCCAUUUGAAGUAUCUUACUCAAUUAGUCCUUUCAUAUUGCAAUUUAGAUGGGAUGGUUCCUCUAUCUUUGUGGAACCUCACUCAACUAACACAUUUGGACCUUUCUGACAACCAUCUCACAGGGUUCAUUGAUGAGUUUUCAACUUAUUCUUUGCAAUCUUUGUAUCUCUCAAAUAACAACCUACAUGGUCAUUUUCCAAAUUCAAUAUUUGAACUCCAAAAUCUUACCAACUUAGAUUUGUCUUCAACAAACUUAAGUGGUGUUGUGGAUUUUCACCAAUUUUCAAAAUUAAACAGACUAUGGUAUCUCUAUCUUUCACACAAUGGUUUUCUUUCUAUCAACAUUGAUAGCAGUGUUGACACCAUCUUACCUAACCUUUUUUCAUUAGAUUUAUCAUAUGCCAAUAUUAAUAGUUUUCCUAAAUUCCAAGCACGAAAUCUGGAAAGCUUAGAUCUCUCCAAUAGCAACAUUCAUGCGAGAAUUCCCAAAUGGUUUCAUAAGAAGCUCUUAAACUCAUGGAAGGACAUUAUACACAUUGACCUGAGUUUCAACAAGUUACAAGGUGAUCUUCCAAUUCCACCUGAUGGCAUUGAAGACUUUUUACUCUCAAACAACAACUUCACAGGAGAUAUUUCUUCAACAUUCUGCAAUGCUAGUUCCCUUUAUAUCCUCAAUUUGGCUCACAACAAUUUGACAGGUAUGAUUCCACAAUGUCUAGGAACAUUUUCUUAUCUCUCUAUUUUGGAUAUGCAAAUGAACAACCUCUGUGGAAGCAUUCCUGGAACCUUUUCCAAAGGAAAUAUAUUUGAGACUAUAAAAUUGAAUGGAAACCAAUUGGAAGGACCAUUACCACAAUGUUUGGCUUACUGUUCAUAUCUUGAAGUAUUGGACCUUGGUGACAACAACAUAGAGGAUACUUUUCCCAAUUGGCUAGAAACUCUACAAGAGUUACAGGUGCUAAGUUUACGAUCAAAUCAUCUUCAUGGGUCAAUCACAUGUUCUAGCACCAAGCAUCCAUUUCCUAAGUUGAGAAUUUAUGAUGUCUCUAGUAACAAUUUUAGUGGCCCCUUGCCAACAUCAUGCUUCAAGAACUUUCAAGGAAUGAUGGAUGUGAAUAACAGCCAAAUUGGUUUGCAAUACAUGGGUAAAGCCAGAUACUUUAAUUACUAUAAUGAUUCUGUGGUGAUCAUAAUGAAAGGUCUUUCCAUAGAGUUAACGAGGAUAUUGACUACUUUUACAACUAUUGAUUUAUCAAAUAACAAGUUUGAUGGAGAAAUUUCAGAAGUCAUUGGAGAAUUAAAUUCUCUCAAAGGCCUUAACCUCUCAAACAAUGGAAUCACAGGAACCAUUCCACAAUCUUUAAGUCAUUUGAGAAAUUUAGAGUGGUUGGACCUCUCAAGGAACCAAUUGAAGGGUGAGAUUCCCGUGGCUUUGACAAAUUUGAAUUUCCUCUCAUUCUUAAACCUUUCACAAAACCACCUUGAGGGAGUCAUACCUACAGGUCAACAAUUUGAUACAUUUGGAAAUGAUUCUUAUGAAGGGAAUACAAUGUUGUGUGGAUUCCAAUUGUCUAAAUCAUGCAAAAAUGAGGAAGAUCUUCCACCGCAUUCAACAUCUGAAGAUGAAGAAGAAUCAGGAUUUGGCUGGAAAGCGGUAGCAAUCGGAUAUGGAUGUGGGGCAAUAUAUGGGUUGCUGUUGGGAUAUAAUGUAUUCUUCUUCACUGGAAAACCCCAAUGGCUUGCAAGACAUGUUGAAAAUAUGUUUAACAUAAGAUUGAAAAGAUCAAACAAUAGAGCCAACUUAAAUCGUAGAAGGAUGAAUUAA